AUGCGAAGAAAGCGAAAUCCAACAAUGUUAAAGUUCCGUAAACUCAGAAAGGAGCAAAAAUUGAAAAUGGAACAAGCUUUUGCUCUCAGCCGUAAGCCAGACAAAGCAACUAUUGCUUCUUUGCCUUCAGAACGUCAAUUGGACAAAGUUCGACUGUAUGAAGAAUUCUUCGAAAAUGCAGAAGGACAAUAG